AUGACAUCCGCGAUCAGCUUCAUGCAGCGAUUGUUAGGGGCAUUCUUAUCUGGUUUCGCAAUCGCCACCGCAGUCAGUCUGUUCAUCAUACCAGUCAGCUCGCGGACUGUCGUCUUCAAGGAGGUGACUGGGUAUCUGAUGUGUUUGACCGGCUCGCUAAAGGCACAGGCUGCCUAUAUGCAGAGCAUGGAGACGAUCGACCCUGUCGAGGCGCAGAAGCAGAAAGAAGAGAAGAGUAUCAACGAAAAAGACAAGCACCGCCAUGGAAAGACGAAGUCUGAACCACCAACCAAUCCGCUGUCGACACCAGCGUCACUGAAGCUUAAGGAGCUGCUAGGUAAGACGAUAGAACUCCAUACCAAACUCCACGGCGACAUCACACCUGCGAAAAGAGAGUUCGCAUUUGGUAAACUUGAAUCACAUGAUCUCACGGAACUCUGGAAAUUGUCGAAAGCUUUCUUCGUGCCGUGCAUAGGCCUGAGCGCCAGUAUGGACCUCAUACAGCGAUUUGCCAUCGACUCCGACUUGGGUCAUAAGGGCAGCAGCCCCCAAGACCAGGAAAAGAAGGACCAUCAUCUCGAGAAUAUCCACUUUGUCAUGAAACAACUUCACCAGCCAUUCGCACACAUGACAGCAGAAGUCGAUGGCGCCGUACAGCACGUGCUUAUUACACUGGAACUGAUUAAACCUCCAAAGAAGAAAGCUGAUGAGGAGAGCGGCGGGGACCAGAUAGCACCUGGAUCGCCGGGAUUCGCGGAAGCCUACAAGCGUAAACUUGAUGACUUUUAUAAUUCGAAGAAAGCGACGUUGGGAGAGUGGUGUAAGGCUCACAAUAUCCAUGUACCAGAGGACUACUUCGAGACGACGUUUGUCAGGCCAGACAGCUUCAAAGCCAAAGACGAGCAGAAACGCGAACAAUAUCAACGGCAGCUCUUUUUCAUCCUCUAUCUGGAGUAUCUGUUAUGGCGAGCUGGUGGAGCUGCGUUGGAGAUCGUGCUAUGGGCCGACAGACGUAAGGCAGAAGGAGCUCUGAAGCGCAACAAACUCAUCUUCCCUGGCUCUCGAACACUGUACAAGUGGUUGGUUUCUGUCUUUGGACGAGAGGACCUGAGCAACGAUGGUCACUACAUGGCCGAAGCAGACUCGGGAGGGUCAGAAGCCAUCUUUCUUGGCCAGGACUUCGGUCGUAGGAAGGAUCCUGAGCACCUUCCGCCACGUAAUACUCUCGAACGUGUCGGGGAUACCAUCAGGAAGAUACCCCAAUUCUUUCGCAGUGAUGCAUCGGCAUUCGGCUUUCGUGUCGUCUGUGCUACCAUGACUAUCGCGAUCAUUUGCUACCUCGAAGCCACUCAAGCUUUCUUCUUGCAGCAGCGUCUCUUGUGGGCUAUGAUCAUGGUGGCGAUCUCCAUGUCGCGGACUGCCGGUCAAAGCACCUUCAAUUUUGUACUUCGGGUACUGGGUACAGCCAUUGCGAUGAUUGGUGCCUACAUUAUCUGGUAUAUCGUUGAUGGCAAGCCCGCUGGAGUUAUUGUCUUCUUAUGGCUAUGGAUCUUCCUUGCCUUCUACUUCGUUCUCAAGUUUCCCAAGCUGCUCGUGGUUGCCUUGCUCAGCUUGGUAACUGCGGUGCUGAUCAUCGGCUACGAGUUGCAGGUGAAGAAGAUUGGUGUGCAGGCCUCUAUUUCCAACGGCCAGCCCGCAUACGCGACAUACUUGCUCGCACCAUACCGCUUAGCUACGGUGGCGGGCGGGCUAGGAGUUGCUUUCAUCUGGACGAUCUUCCCAUACCCGGUCUCUGAAACAACAGAGUUGCGCAAAGAUCUUGGUGCUUCGCUUUACUUGCUUUCGAACUUCUACUCCAUCGUCCACGAAACGGUCCGCGCUCGUGUCACGGGAGCUGAUGGCAACUCCAAGACCAAAGGCUCACAUGCUUACAACCUGGAGAAGGCUCGCGAUGCAGUGUUUUCGAAGUCUGUCUUGUUGCUCAACAACCUCAACAUGAAUGCGCAGUUCUCGAAAUUUCAGCUUCGGGUUGGUGGCCGUUUCCCUCGAGAGGAGUAUGAUGGCCUUAUUGCCUGCUCGCAGCGUGUACUCCAGUACUCCGCGCUCAUGAGCUAUGCCUCCAAUACCUUCUCAAUUCACCGAGAUGACUCGACCGAGCCUUCUCAAUGGUCCAAAGACUUCAGGAAGAUCGCAUCGGGGAUAAACCCGACGUCUCACCGCAUUACCUCGCUUUUGGCCCUGCUUUCGUCUAGCAUAACCUACGGACAACCUCUCCCACCGUAUCUGGACAUGCCGCAGCCAUUUCAAUUCAUGAAGCAGCUGCAUUCCCUCGAUCCAGAUCUGCUAUCGGUGCGACAUAUUGCUGAACCAGAGUAUAGUGCUUUUGCUGUACUACAGGUCUGUGCUCAGGCGGUGACUGAAGAUAUCGCGAAGCUUAAGAAGCAUGUCACAAAUCUAGUUGGUGAGAUUGACUUUACCUUCCAUGCCGUGAACACAGGCCGAGAAAGUGGCGACUUGGCAUCCACAGAGGAUGACGAGGAGGAGAAGCAGUCCGGCGCAAAAUCUCGACACUCCCAGUGA